AUGACCGAAGCCAGUUCGGUGUUCUCAGAAGAAAAGGACGCACUGUGUCGGAGGUACGGAGUGCCGAUGACCGAACCAUUGGGGGAAUAUUGCCCUGAAUUGGCCCUUAGAGUAACAGGGCACCGUCGCGCGCUGAAAUGCACCUACUGUGCACGGUCGUUUGCGCGGACUGAACAUCUUACACGGCAUGAGCGCUCUCACCGAAACGAAAAGCCGUUCAGCUGCAAUUACUGUAGCGCAACCUUCACGCGGAAGGACGUGAUUAAGCGUCACCACCUCCGAUACCACCCCACUAUCCCUGAAACGGUUGGAGCAACUACAGCCUCUCGUGUGCUGGAUAGCUCGCAGCUGGCGCCGUUGGCGAUUAACUCACCUCAGGAGCUAAUCCUCAAUUGUUCGGAAGAUGUUGGUUCCGCCGAUACGGCUCUGAACAACGAUGAACAUUCCCCAGGCCUGUUUAUGGAUAACUACACUCUCGACGCUAUUCUCGCGGACUUUGACUUCCAGCCAGCUCCGAAUGUAGAGUUUACUAGCAACCCCCCUGGCACUGUCACGUCCAGUCGCCUCCCAGCCCAGGCGCGGGACCAGCUAUCCUGGAGAGGUUCUUUGGAACUGUCGGAGAAGAAGAGAAUGCAAGUAUAUACUGAAGCAGAAUCCGUAUUAAAAUCCGCAGGAUUCAAGCAUCUUGGCGAUUUCCCUUCUCGAUUGAGGUUGGAGCGGUUUCUCGUGGCUUUCUUCGAAUUUUUCCUUGAUUACCAUCCGUUUCUUCAUGUCCCGACUUGGCGGGCUGAAGAGGCCCAUUCUUGUCUUCUGCUGGCCAUGCUGGUGAUAGGCGCGGGCUGCUACAAAGACUAUGAUAUGGCUCAUGCCCUGUACUGCGCCGGAAGGCACUCCGUCAUGACGCAUAUUCUUACUUCGUCCACAUCCGAAACACCUCUCUGGGCCACACAAUCGCUGGCUAUUCUGAUAUCCUACGGCACUCGUAGCGGAGAUCAAGAACUUUUCCACAACGCAGUGUCGUGGACGUCAACUCUAGCAAAUGUUAUCCGCUGUACGGGCCCACAAAGGAAGCACCGCGACUGGGAGCAUGAAUCCGAAGAACUGUGGGAGGAUUGGGUUAACAACGAAAUGGCCUUACGGACUAAAUGGGCCGCUUUUACAGCCUUAAAUGUUUUGACUGUUUGUUUCCAUGUCCCUCCCGCACUCCUGGUGCAUGAAAUGAGCAACGUCCCGUUACCGUGCAAAGAGCCUGAGUGGGCAAGCCCUACUAUGGAGUCGUGGCUAAGGGCGAGGCUGGCCCGCAUUCAGAGUCAAAGCAUGGGAAUUCCGGCAAAAUAUUUGGCUAGAGUCAGCAGAGCUCACGAAAUUUUAGAAAAGUUCGAAGUCACACUUCGAAGAUGGCACACCUGCUGGGAAGGCAACGUGGAAUCCUCCGUCUCACCACGAAAUCCGUACAGUGCCGUCACGGCUAACCCUGCCGCACUGUUUCGCCUGGCUUAUACGUGGAUUGGAGUCGACUUUACCCCAGUGAGGACCGCUAUCGCCUCCCAUAGCUCAGAGACUAUAGAGUUGAGCUUCAAGCAGCUGGUGAUCCCAAUUUCGCAGUCGGAUCUUACGAUGAGAAUUGUCGCACACGCAAUCGGCGCGCUGAGCACCCGCGUCAAAUUAGGAAUGGCGCUGCCGGAGCAACGGCUGUCGUGUUUUCAGAGUUUUGAAGUUCAUCUCUUCUCUAUAGAAUGCUGCCUAUUUUCCUACCACUGGUUGAAAGAGACACAGAACCGUCUCGAACUUGAGUGGUCACCUGAGGAGACAGCAAGGAUCAAACAGGUCCGUGAGAUCUUGUCGGAGGUAGAUCUACCUGCAAGCCAUGCUCAGAAGUCUGAUGCUGUUCGUUUAAUAUACGCGUGGGCGUUGAUCUUAAGUCGUCGGGCUGUAUGGAAAUUGCAGAAGAUCGUGGCAGACUCGCUGGAGCGGUAUGCAGAUAGCUUAUAG